CAAGACAAUGAAAUAUGCAUUACGUAAUGAAAUGUGUGUUUAGUGUAAGGAGUUUGCUCUUUAAAAAUAAAAGUCCCCCGAAUGUGUUGCAAAUGCGCGGUCGAUUUCGAACGCAAGUUAUCAUGAGGAAGUUGACGUGCGAUAUUUAUUGCUCAACUUUCCAUAGAUAUUUGUUACAUUGUAACCUCUGUUACCAGUAAGUAUCCUGGUAAUCAAUCAGAACUUGGAUGGGUUACAUCCAGACGUGGUCUAUCAGGAUACAUUUUUUAACUACUCGAUAGCGAAGUCGCGCUGUCGGCGACCAGAAGUUAGCAAGAGUAGAAGGUCCAUUCAAAAUGGCUGCCUUUCUGUCUCUUCCUUUUCCCUCUAGGUUUUUAUGUUUGUGUCUGAAAAGUACGUUAAAGGGGAUAACACAUACAUGAUAUAAAGUAAUUAAUCGUGGUGGACCAAGUUUUAUUGGUGUCUUAAAUAAUGUAUGUUCUAUUACCCCUACUCUCGUUUAUUCAUCAUUCUUGUACUGCUAUGUUAGAAUGUUGCCAGAGCUCUAUUCGUCAUCUGGCCAGUGAUGAAGCAGCCUUGUGACCACGGCAGUACAGUGGGGAGAAGGGAGGAGUAACAUUUACAUGGGUGGAACUUCCACAGGAGGGAGGCAUGUUGGUUUGUUAGAAAUAGCGGUAUGUGUACGUUAUUCAACACUUUGACAGUGUAAGGGGCCUGGAGGAUGGCAAGGUGGGAAUUUUAAAAACGUUACAAGAAAACACUGAAGAUAGGCUACUAGGUUUUAUAAUUUACAUCUGCUGGUGUAGAGGUCAAAUGAUCCCUUACGAAAAAAGAUUGCAGUCAGAGUGCAGUAUAACUGCAGUUAUUCUGCAAUUACUGCGUCCAAAAUACCACCGUUGACUGCAGUUACUGCACUUUUACUGCAGUUUCAAAACUGCAAUCUUUUUUUUUUUAAGGAUCAUAUGUGGCCAAAGGGACAGAUGUUCAUUGUAGUUGGCAGUUAUUUUUUCUUUUAAAAUAGAUGUUAUUUUUUUAAAGAAAAAAAUGAAAAAGAUCAUGAUACAGGCAAUCGUUUUUCAAGCCCAUCAAUCCAUUAAGGCCCUCUUGAAGUUUAAUGACACUGUCAAAGCAAACACCGUAAACUCAACUGUCCCUAGUUUAUACAAGGAGACACCGUUUGUUACUGCAAUGCUGUAUACAAAGAUGAAGUAUAAAAAAUAAAUCAAAUCCACUGUAGGCAAUUUGAACAUCAUUUGUCCUGUAAAGACCGGAUAAUCAGAUUUUUGUUGUGAUUUGACAUACAAGAGGUAGCUGGGAGUUUAUUCACCAUGGGAAAUGCUCAUAAAUUGCUUCACCAUUUGAGGUGUGGGAAAUAAGUACAUAAAUACAACAUUUUGCAACAUGAAUGUAAUUUCACUUCAUUGCCCUAAAAACAAUGUCACUUUCUCAAAUGACUGCAAAUGAGCAAGAAAGUGACAUACCUGCUGCUGUGUGUCCCCUGACGUGGUGUAGUUUUUAGUCAUGCUGCAGAGGAUGUGUCGGCUUGCAUUCUGGUCAAUGUCUCUACAGUGCUGGGAUGUUGCUCUUGCGUCAGGUAGGAUAAUCUCCCAUGCCUUCAUUUCAACCCCCCUUCAAUGUUAUGUUAUCCUUAUAGCUAACGGUUGUUAAUUAAGAUUUUCUCCUGUGAUCUUUGAGACUAUCAAACAAAUCAUAACAUUUGCAUAACAAUUCCACCCUUCAACAUGAUAUUAUUUUUUUUGCAUUACGUAUGUGGUUCUUAGUUUUUGCCUGCAACUAACAGUUUGUUGGUUUGGUGUACAAAACGAUGCAUACUGCCCUUCCCUCUUCCUGAAGCUUGAGCAACCAAACUAGGUUCUAACCCAAUGCGAUGUGACACAAACAAUUUGGCAUUGAGGAGGUAAAGCGGGCAUCAUUAUUUGUAGCUGCUCAUAGCCUUUCACAGUUCCUCAGCACCUGGUCCCAGUAGCUGAGUUCUAGUGCAUCUUCUCCUCCCCCCUUCUGCACACACACGUGUCACCCAGUGACAUUGGAUGUAAUGUGCAUUGACAUGCUGGUUACUGUCAUGUGUUCUCCCUGCUCUAGUUGCAUGUUUGUCACUUUUAGGCUCCCGCAACCCUGGUUGGCUGGCUGCCGUGGCUGGAGGCAAAUGUCCAACACUCGUCUCAGUACUGGAUCACACAAACAAGUCUUGAGUUUGCUAUCCGUUUCAAGACUGGAGAGCUAGAGUGUGCUCUAAUCACAAGAAUUCUGGGCCAACAUGUACUCCAGAGGCACCAAACGCAAGUUCUCUGACGGUGUGGACGUGGCGACGGACGACAAGGCGGUAGCGGCGUCGUACAGCCGGCAGCGCCAGUCCCUGCUGGACAUGUCUCUGAUCAAGCUGCAGCUGUGCCACAUGCUGGUGGAGCCCAACCUGUGCCGCUCGGUGCUCAUUGCCAACACAGUGCGCCAGAUCCAGGAGGAGAUGACCCAUGACGGUAGUUGGCAGGUGGUCACCGAGGCCUUCGGCGGCUCCGGCCCAUCCGACCGCCUGGUAGGCACCGAGGUUUUGUGCCGGUUGUCGGCGCCGGAGCAGCAGGACGGUGGGCCCAAGCUCUACUCGGUGAUGGGCUACGAUGGCUGCCGCGAGGAAGAAGUGUUAACGGACGAGUCUCUGUGUUCUGUGGCAGUUAGCGACGGGGCCCCGGCCCUCCUAUUGGGGACCAUCGACCACUGCUGGGACAGAGCAGAACUGAGCAUGGUGGAGGAGGAGGACCAGGUCAGCGAAGACUCCGGUUCGGAGGUCAAGGAGGGUGCGAGUUCUGGGGAGGGGGCUAAAAUGGUGACGGGGAAGGUGUUCGGGACGUUCGAGAUCAGAAAUGCCGCCCCCAGGUCAGACCCGGCACUAGAGGAGCUGUUCUCGGACGUUGAUGCCUCGUAUUAUGACUUGGACACCAUGCUCACAGGCUUGCAGAGCACCCCCAAGAUGGGGCCUUACGACCUUCUGGACAGCAUGGCCUCCUCACAUGGCCCCGCAUCCAACUCCAGCUGUAGAGCCGAUCUCAAUGAACUUGACCACAUUAUGGAGAUCAUUGUGGGAUCAUAGCUUACGGACUUAAAACUCUAAGACUUUUUCAUUGAACUUGUGCCUCUGACUUUUUGUCUUGUAUGUGUGAACAUACAGUAUAUCCAUACCUUCCUCUGUAUGGAAACUGAGUGAAAUCCAUCUCUGUGCAGUGACAUUUUAAUCUGAAAAGGUUAACAGUUUCUCAAGUUCACCAUACUUAUUUCUUAUGUUUACUUUCUUUAUGUUUGUAUUUCAAUGUGUACUCUUCUUGUUUCAUUGUUUUGUCGUUUUUGCUUUAAAUUAUUGUACCUAUUACACUACAUGAACUCAGAGCAGCACAACAUUUACAUGAACUAUACAUAUUUUCUUAAUAAAAUAUCGUUAAAGUAUCUAUCAGUGCCUUCGGAAAGUAUUCAGACCCCUUGACUUUUUCCACUUUGUUAUGUUACAGCCAUAUUCUAAAAUG